AUGGCUCAAGUCAUAUGGAAUUCAGACAUUGAUGUGUAUAACAAAGAUGUUAUACCGGUAAAUAUAGCAAGAACUAUUGCAGGAUAUCUUCCUAUCCAGGAUUUAUUAUCAUUUUCCCUAGUUUCCAAAAAUACCAACCUCGCUGUCAAUGACCCCAAACUAUGGAUCUCACGUUUGAAAGGAAUGGAUGUUUGGAAUACCGCAAUAUCAUUGUCCAAAGAAGAUAUCAAAAAGAAUAUUCAAGGAGAUUACUUGAACAGUCCUUUGACUUGUAUGGAUUAUGUUUACAAAUCAAGUAAGAAUGCAAAGUAUCAAGUUUUGAAAAUCUAUAAAUGUUUACAAGGAUAUUACAACGACUUGUUGAUUAACAAAAACUACAAUCGAUUAAAGAUAUUUAAACAUUUUCACACCCCUGAGGACCAAUCAAAGAUAUUAAAGAAUUUAUUAAAGUAUAAUAAAAUCGAUUAUAUUGAUGGAUCAAGACUGAUUGUAUACGAAAAGAUUGUUGAAUUGUUUGAAAUUUUUGAGAAUGCAUUGUUGAGAGAGUUGGAGAUUCAUUUUGAUAUGGAAGAUUAUGAAAGAACACAGAACUUUGUUAAUAUUUUAAUUGGUUUGAACAAUCAACAGACGUUGAUUGAUUUCUUUUUGCAAAAAUCCAUAUUUGAUGAAAAUAAGGAGAUAUUCAAUUUAGAGAAGUUCAACGGGGAAAAGUAUUUUAAGGACGGCAGUAUAAAUGUUGAUGUCUUGGAUCGAUUGAUAAUUGAUAUUUCUGAUGUUUUUAAUGAACAGAGUCAUAUAAUUGAUUUGAUAUUCCCCGAAACUGUGCCCAUAAUGUAUAAAGUAUGUGAAGAAUUGAUAUCCAACCAGUUAUCUGAAUUGCUAAUGCUAUUGAUUGAAUCGUCCAAGAAGUAUGGGUUGUAUUUUCAGACAGUCCCGUUGGUCUAUGAAAAACUUACUGUUGAAUUCGUUGAACACUUGAAUGAUUCGAAAAAUCUUGGUGUGUCUUACCGACAAUUGGUAAUUGAACUAUUGGAUAUGCUGUAUGAAUCUUUUGCCGCUGAGUAUAUGAGAGAGGAAAUAUCGUCGUUCAAAUCUGAAACAAAGAAUAAAUUGGCCAAUUGGAAGGAAACAAUAUCCAAGCGUGAGGCAGAAACAUCACAAAAGAUUCUUGAAAGUGUCAAGUCGGAAACCAAAAAUGACUUUUUAACUAGUUUUAAGAAUGUAUUUGCCAUUAGUAAAAAAGACGACGAUCACGAGUCUAAAUAUUCUGAAAUCCAAGCCAAGGCUAAAAUCUUAUCGGAAAACAUCAAAAGUAUG